ACCUAUAUAUAAACCAAGAAGAGCCCUUUCCACUGCUACCACUCACAACCUUGUUCCUGUCAGGAGUUUUAUCGUUAUUGGCGGAACACUGAAGGCAUUUCAAUUCCUCGAUUAUUUUUCAAUGACUUAAAAUGCUCAGGGCCAUCAUUUCCCUUAGCCCUUGCUUCUCUAGCUCCUCGAAAAGAAUCAUAGGUAUCUUCGAACCCUUGGAAGGAGACUCCAAGGGCCUGGCCAACAGCCUUAAUAAUCUUAAGUACCCAAGGAUACAUGCUCCUCGCUAUUUACCUCAAAAUGAUUCAACAAUGGAACUGAUAAAAAAGAGGAUCUUGCCUCAUCAACCCCCAUCAGCACCAAGACCAAUGACAAAAGCUGCCCACUUCUUUUGCUCUCACCCUUUGAGAAGACAUCACUAGAAGCACUCUCCAUGGGACCAAAACCACCAUCUGCAAUAUCAGGAGCGCAGUUAGCAGCUUAGGAGCACUCUAUGCUCAUACAGAGUUCUAAGUUUUGACCCAUUCACCAUGUUAUGGUACUUUCAAGUGGAGAUACUUUUUGUUGCUUUCAUCAAAUUCACAGAAUUUGAUGUCCGUGAUUUCCUUGUCAGUAUUUUGACUGCGAACUUUGGAUCUUCCUACCUUGUUCGAUCUGUCUGAGAAAAAUAGGGAACAUACUAGACACAUCUUCUGAGCGCCUUUUAAAAUGCAUACAAGUCCAGCCUGAAUUCUUUGAGUUACCUUGGGCGUAAGAUAAGCCUGAUAUAACGACUGGUAGAGGAAGUAGUAAUUUGCAAGUCUUCCAGGUCUAUGCAGAUAGAUUGGUGAAGAGGGCCUGUGAGAAUGGGAGUGAUGUUAGACAGUUCGAUGCUGAGGCUUAUUCAAGUUCCAUGUCGGAGAAGAUCUCACCUUCUCUAUCUGAAGUUCUAGGAGAUCAACAAUACUCCCAUCCAGUUCACGACAAUAUGCCUCCGCCUAGAUUGGCCAGUCAAGUUGGUUUGAAAGUACCACCUAGGAUUUCAGCAUCCACAGUGGAAGGAAACAGUGGUACUAGUGCUGCUCGAUUACCAGAACUAUCAGAAAGUCUCUAUUCCCAAAAUGCCAUGUGGAACCAAGCUACUGACAGUUUGAUCCAAAUUGGGCCUUCAGCAGACACCGAAGUAAUUGGACGACUGGACGGGUCACCAUCCAGCUUCCCAGCUUUCAAUAUUGAAGAUGGCGUGAUUGAUUUGGAACAGUUGUUGAGGGAUUGAAUCUUGUGGCUACUGAUCAAGCACUACUUGCUCCCGAACAACCUCUUCGGAUUUGACGUUCAUGCCAUUGGCUGCGGAGACUUUCUACUUGCAUCAAUAAUGUGAUUUGAGUCAUGUUUGUUGUGAGUUCCUAAAUCGAAUAAUGAACGAUAUGCUUUUUGGUAUUCUAAAUUCUAACGCA